AUGGCCGACAAGUCGUUUGCCCGCACGUGGGAAGGGCGGAUGACUUGUCCCCUUCCUCACCGCGUGCCCGCAUCACGGAAGGAAAAUGAGCCAGCGAAGCCUGUGAACCGUCAUUCGCAGAAACUGAAGAACACCGUUUCCCAGUUCCGUGCCAGAAGUUCCUACGGUACUUUGCAGUGCAGAGAAGAGCCCACAAGGCCUUGGGAGGAUGCUGGAGCGUCCUUUGAAAAACUCGUCAUCUCCGCGGUGAUCCCAGGGGGCCAUGCAGACUUUGCGAGCACGCGGAUCCUGGAACGUUCCAUCCUCAGGAGGCUGUCCAGCUCCCAGCUCACCACCUGCCUGCCCCCGGACACCGCUGUCACCCUGUGGUUCCUGGCGCUGUCCCUGGGGUGGACCGGCGCUGCACCCCCCGUCCAGUCUCGGAUCGUAGGCAGCUGGGACUGUGAGAAACAUUCCCAGCCCUGGCAGGCGGCCCUGUACCACUACAGCAGCUUCCAGUGUGGGGGUGUCCUGGUGCACCCCCAGUGGGUGCUCACAGCUGCCCACUGCAUCAGCGACUUUUACCAGCUCUGGCUGGGUCGCCAAAACCUGUUCGACUGGGAAGACACCACCCAAUUAUUCUCCGACCUCACAUCCUUCCCACACCCCAAAUUCAGCCUGAGUCUCCUAGAGGAUGAUCCUUUCUCUCGGGAGAGGACCGCAGAGACUCUCACACGGCUCCGCCCGGGGAGGCCGGCCGAGGUGGCAGCUGCUGUGAAGGGCCUAAGGCUGCCCACCCAGGAACCCCAGCUGGGGAGCACCUGCUGUGCCUCUGGCUGGAGCUAG